AUGAGUUGCUACGGUGGCUACUAUGGGGGCCUGGGCUAUGGCUAUGGCUCUGGUUAUGGCUGUGGAUGUGGUGGCUACCGAGGCCUAGGCUAUGGCUUUGGUGGCUAUGGCUUUGGUGGCCUGGGCUGUGGUGGCUAUGGCUAUGGAGGCCUGGGCUGUGGUAGCUAUGGCUAUGGAGGCCUGGGCUAUGGUGGUUAUGGCUAUGGCUGCUACCGCCCAUCUUGCUGUGGAAGGUAUUCUGGCUUCUACUGA